AUGACGACAACUACGCCCCCGAGUUUCCCCUUCCAACGCGCCUCGGGCCUCGAACCGCCCGCAGAGUACGCCCGCCUCCGCGCCACGGAGCCCGUCUCGCAAGUGAAGCUCUUUGACGGCUCCCUCGCAUGGCUCGUGACGAAAUACAAAGACGUCUGCGCCGUCGCCACGGAUACGCGUCUCUCCAAGGAACGCACCCGCGCCGGAUUCCCCGAGCUCAGCGCCGGCGGGAAAGCGGCGGCCGCGAACAAGCCCACCUUUGUCGACAUGGACGCGCCGGCGCAUAUGCAGCAGCGCGGCAUGGUUGAGCCGCUUUUCGUGCGGGAGCACAUCGCGUCCAUGAACCCGUAUAUCCAAAAGACUGUGGAUAGUCUACUAGAUAAAAUGGUUGAGCAGGGGUGCGACGAGCCGGUUGACUUAAUUGACAAGUUUGCCUUGCCUGUUCCGUCAUAUAUUAUUUACACCAUCCUCGGCGUCCCGUUCGAGGACCUCGAAUAUCUCACCCAGCAGAAUGCCAUCCGCACGAAUGGCAGCGGUACCGCAUCGCAAGCUCAGUCUGCAAACCAAGAACUUCUCAACUACCUCGCAAAGCUAGUCGACCAACGCAACAUUGAGCCCAAGGACGACCUCAUUAGCAAGUUGGUCGUGGAGCAGCUCAGACCCGGUCACAUUGAAAAAUCGGACGCCGUGCAAAUUGCCUUCUUGCUGCUCGUUGCUGGCAACGCGACGAUGGUGAAUAUGAUUGCGUUGGGCGUCAUCGAACUCUUCCGGAACCCAGGUCAGCUCGCCCAACUCAAAGCCGACCCGUCGCUCGCCCCGGCCUUUGUCGAAGAGCUGUGCAGAUACCACACCGGCUCCUCCAUGGCGAUGAAGCGGGUGGCCAAGGAAGACGUUAUCCUCGGUGGCAAGACCAUCAAGGCGGGUGAGGGCAUCAUCGCCGCAAACCAAUCCGGCAACCGAGACGAAGACGUCUUCCCCGACCCGGACGUCUUUGACAUGCACCGGACCCCUGACCCGAACCACGCGCUGGGGUUCGGCUUCGGGCCGCACAGGUGUAUCGCCGAGCCGCUUGCGCGCGCAGAGCUCGAGACUGUCUUUGCAACGCUCUUCCAGAAGCUCCCCAGCCUGAGAAUCGCCGUGCCCCUCCCGGAUAUCGAGUAUACGCCCCUGCACAAGGAUGUCGGGGAACUUAGCGAGAAACUCCUUCCAUGUGAAAUCGAGGUGAGAGCGGCGAGUAUAAAAGCCAGGACAUCAGACGACCGGGAGGGAGGGGGCAAAGCAAAGUUCACCAGUUCGCAGAGGCGCAGCACGAUCCGGGUGCGCCGCCAAAUCGUCGUGGGAGACAGGAGCAAGGCGGCUCCAUGGUAUUCCGUCGAGGCCCAAAUCUCCGCCGAGGCACGCAAGAUGCUCGAGGAGUACGCCGGCAUCCCGCCAGACGAGGUCAGAGACCACGUCGUCGCCAUGCGCGACAAGAUCUGGGAAGUCUUCCCCUACCCCUGCAUCGGCGAAUUCCACUUCCUCGACUUCAACCUCGCCCACCGCCCAGGCUACCCGCAACUCCUCGCCCGCCUCCAAGACAACCCAUCCGCGCGCCACCUCGACAUCGCCUGCUGCGUCGGCCAGGACCUCCGGCGCCUCGUCCACGACGGCGUCGCCUCGUCCAAGAUCGUCGCCGUCGAGCUGGAGCAAGGGUACAUCGACGCCGGGUACGAGCUCUUCCGCGACCGGGACCGUCUCGAGACGCGCUUCGUCAACGCAGACAUGCUGGACGACGGGGACGCGAGGCUGAACGCCAUGGAGGGGACGUUUGACACCGCGCACCUGGGUCUUUGUCUGCAUCUGUGGACGCGGGAGCAGCAGAUGGUUGUGCUGCGGCGGGUGAUUCGAUUGUUGAAGCAGGAGCCUGGGGUGAUGAUUGUGGGUCACGCUGCGGGUCAUGCGGAUGGGAUUGAGUUGAAGGGAGUUUGGGAUAAGCCUGCGUUGAGGCACAACUUGGAGACGUGGGAGAAGAUGUGGGCUGAGUUGUCGGAGCAGACUGGGAGUAAGUGGAAGUUGAACACGGUCGUGUCUGAGCAGAUUGGGACUCGGGGAAUUGAGAGGCCCAGCUGGUGGGGGAGCGAUAUGAGAUUUGUCGGCUUCGAGCUUACCAGAGAGUAG